AUGAGCUCUAGUUCUCCUCCCCCCUCAUCGCCGCAGCGGCAUCGUGGAGGUGGCGAUAAUAGUAACAGCGGGAAGGAGGAGAGACCGAGAUUCUUUGACUCCAUGACCAAAAAACUGUGCUGGGCCAAAGCCGAUAUUGUCCCUGGACGACACCCGGAGCGAUGGCGUAAAGAUGCCGCGGGCAACGUCGUCUGUAAGCGCUUCGGCAACUGUCAGGGAUGUCUCUGCUUUGAAUACGAUCACAUCAUCCCCUUCUCGAAAGGUGGUGAAUCGGUAGUUGAAAAUUGUCAGAUUCUUCAAACGAGGGUAAAUAGAACCAAGUCGGACAAGGAUCAUCUUGACAAGACACAGUUGCGUGGUUACUCUUGUGAUAUCAACUUCACUGAAAAGGAGUUGGACAUCAUUGAAAUGGCAGUUUAUGGCGAUGUAAUUCGUCCAGGGAAUCAAUGUCGUUGCAGAAGCAUCGAUGAAUUGCUUGGCAAUAUCGUCACAGUAGGAAAGAGGUCGAGGGAUCAGAGGGGGUUGUCGCCACUCGUGUUUGCUCCGGGGAAACACCCACUUCGUUGGGUUUUGCUCUCGGUGGUUGAAAGGAAAAUAUAG